CUGUAGUUUACAUUCCGUUUACUGUGACUAGGCUGCUAGUUGUUUGUCUCAUGGCUGUGCGCUUAUUGUGGAGGGCACACUUGGUGAGCCGAGCUAAAGUUAAGAAAGACUCCGCAUUAGUGCUAAUACUAACUGUUGCUUUAGAAUGUAUUUUGUUAGCCAUGUCAGAAUAAUGACUGAAUUCAAGGACUAGUGCCAUUAACUUCACACUGUUAAACAGGCAGCUCAACUUUAAAUAAACAAGAAAAAAGGCAGCUAGAAAAGUGUUUCUAUAUUUUCCUCAAGUGCUUCCUCCUUUUAUUGAACUGUUUAGUCGCUGCGAAGCUGCUUCAGAAGGAGCUAAGAGGAAAUAAGGUGUAGCUGCUGAAGGUGCUCCAGGCAAAUUUGGAGCAUUAAUGGAGGACUUCAAGUGGGAACCCAAGAUCGAAGAGCUCUUGAAUAGCAAGGUGGGAAAGUAUCUGAGUGACCACCCCUUCAUCACACUGGUGCUGCUUGUAUUUGGUCUAACAGCCUCAGUACCUGUUGGGCUUUUCCUGGCAUAUGCUGCUGUUACGUUCAUCACUGUUACUGCAUAUUGCAUAUUAAUUGAAAUUUUCCUGCUGUCUUUCGGAGGAGUCAUCUUGCUCUGUGUUUUCUGCUGUCUUGCCGUGGUGGCCUUCUGGAUCUCCUGUGUGCUAAGCAUCAUGUACAUUAUUGGCUCACAUGUCUUCAAUUACUCUUGCAUUCCCAGAGUACCUGAAAGGACAGUCUCUGCAGGAGACAUGGAGAAAGAAAAAGACCUAAAUGACUGAGUGGUAAUACGGUCUGCGCAUUUAUAUUGCACAACCCCAUCCACAGCUUUUGGCCAGUGAGAGUGCAAUGGCAGAAAUGUCCACUAUAUAUUGUUACUUUUUUUUUUUUUUUUUUUUUUUAAUAUGAACAGUGGUUUUGUAAGUGUAUUUUAUAUUUUUAACCCCUGAAACAGCAUGCACCAUUGUGCUAUAUUCUAUACAUAUAUUGCUGUUAUUCCAGAUCAGCAGAACACUGUAUUAGUGUCAAUUUCAGAGCCCCUAGGACAACAAUUGGCAUCCUGUGGAAGUAUUAAAACUUUUGGCAUCAUUUGGGCAAACAGUGGAUUUUAAGAGCUUAUAUUUUUAUAGGUCAGCAUUUAUUUGUGGGUUUCUGGUGCCUAAAAGGUGUUUUUUGUUCCUGCAAUGUUCACUGUAUGCUUGUAUUGUAAAAGAAGUCCUCGUAGCAUUUUAACAAGUGCAUUGUACGUUUCUGUUGCACACUGCACCUAACACUACACUAAAAAACUACUUUUCAUUAAAACAGUAUAAAACAAA